AUGACCCCAAUCACAGAUAUUUCGGGGAAGAUUCGCAUCAAGUGUGCUGUGUGUCAAGAUUUUGACCUCUGCAUAGAGUGCUUCUCAGUUGGUGCUGAGGUGACACCUCACAAGAGCAACCAUCCAUAUCGAAUAAUGAUGCGAGCAAUUUUUCUUGAUAAUCUAUCUUUUCCACUUAUAUGUCCUGAUUGGAAUGCAGAUGAAGAGAUGUUACUUCUAGAGGCUAUUGAGAUGUAUGGAUUUGGGAAUUGGAAUGAAGUUGCAGAAUAUGUUGGAACAAAGAGCAAAUCUCAAUGUAAUGACCACUAUAAUGCUGUGUAUAUGAAUUCGCCAUGUUUCCCUCUCCCUGAUUUGUCUCAUGUUAUGGGAAAGAGCAGAGACGAACUUUUUGCCAUGUUCAAGGGACAUGAAGCCAAAAAAGAAUUUUCUUCAACUGCAGAGCUUAUGCUGAAAGAAGAGCCUCCCUUCUCUGAUGGAAUAAGCUAUGAAGAAACAAAGAUGGCAAAAUUCAAUAAUCAAGCCAUCUCUAGGUUGACCUCAGCAUGUGGCAAAUCUUACUCAAGCACAAUUAAGAAGGCUUCCAACUUCAGCCAAAAUAAUGAUGAAGUUAAGGUUGAAGAGUCUCAAGCAGAUCGAAGCGUUGGAGAGAAGAAACCUAAAUUAUCAGGGGAAGAUAGGCCUUCUAUUACAGAGUUGAGUGGAUACAGUUUUAAGAGAGAGGAAUUUGAUGUUGAAUACGACAAUGAUGCAGAGCAAGUGUUGGCAGAUAUGGAAUUUAAGAACACUGAUACUGAAGCUGAACAUAAAAUGAAACUGCACGUGCUCCAUAUCUACUCAAAAAGGUUAGAUGAAAGGAAGCGCAGAAAGCAUUUUAUACUUGAAAGAGAGUUACUUUAUCCUGAUCCUUUUGAGAAAUCUCUCUUGCCUGAAGAGCUUGAAAUAUGUCAGCAGUACAAGGUGUUCAUGCGGUUUCACUCAAAAGAAGAGCAUCAGGAUUUUCUAAAAAAUAUUAUUGAAGAACACAGGCUUGUCAACAGAAUACAUGAUUUACAGGUAUUGCAUUCUUCUACAGACUAUGAUGAUCUCAUCAUGCUUAAUCUAGAGAUAUUGUCGCUAGUUUUUUUUCUAUAG